AUGGCGAUAAUGGUUCGGUUUAGCUUAGUUCUUAUUUGUGGAUUAUUUGGACUUACGAAUGCAGGUGUCCGUGUAAUACGGUCCCCGCAGUUCGACCUUAGUGGGGCCAGUUCGAGCGCUUUUUCUGGAAUUCGAGGCCUUUUAAGUGGAUUUCAAUCUAGACCACCUAUAUUUGAAGGAGAUUACGGUUAUGGCCAAGGAGGAGGUUUUGGACAAGGGGGAGGCUAUGGACAAGGGGGAGGCUAUGGACAAGGGGGAGGUUAUGGACAAGGGGGAGGUUAUGGCGAAGGUGGUGGAUUUGGAAGUGGAGGAGGUGGCCAAGGGGGAGGUUAUGGACAAGGAGGAGGUUUUGGCCAAGGAGGAGGUUACGGCGAAGGAGGAGGUUAUGGACAAGGAGGAGGUUUUGGCCAAGGAGGAGGUUACGGCGAAGGAGGUGGAUUCGGAAGUGGGGGAGGUUUUGGGCAGGGAGGUGGAUUCGGGUACGGCCAAGGUUUUGGGAAGGGCCAAGGUGGAUUAAGUUUUUCAAAGAGCGUCAGUAUUGGCUUAGGUGGUGGGGCCCAGUCGGGCUCAAGCGCAUUCUCAUUUGGAAAGUGA